AUGGAUAAAGUCUUGACUCCUGAAUAUUCGGACUGGUAUGCUAAUUUAGUUGAUUUACCAAGUUCUCAGACAGAUAAAAUUUGUUUGAGCUUAUAUAGAACAUAUGCGGAAGAGACUGGACUCAAUUCUUGGAUAAAGUCUGAAACUCCCAAAUCCUCACAAAUCGAAAAGGAUGUCGAAAAAAAGAUGUUAUUUGUACCACAGAUAAAUGUUUUGCCUACACUAUCCAAACUUCGAUCAUCAAUUUCUAUUCUACCUAAAGACCUGAAAGAGAAACAAAAACAUGUUAUUGAAAUGGUAUUAGAACGAUUUCCUUAUUUAACUUUGAAACAUAGUUUUAAAUAUAGUAAUUAUUUUGAUUUUAAUAGAUCUGUACUCUGUCCUAUAUGCAAUAAUGAUCAUAAAAAAGAGAAUAUAAGAAAUUUUAUAGAGGGUAAGUGGAGAAGUGGUGAAUAUUGUGGUGAAAAAACUUAUCAUCUCUAUUGUUAUAAAAAUAAAUAUCAAAAUUCAAUCCAAAUAGUAACCAUAAAAGCAUAG